GCAGCAAACUGUGGUGAGACUCACAGCAGCAAGAAAAGAGCAGGAAAGAAAAAGACAGCGCCAGGGCGUCCUUGAAGUUCUCCCUGGAGGCUGCCUCUGUGGAGGAGUGGACCCCUGCUUCUCCAUGGAUCUGGAUAAGUCGUCCGUCUGGGACUCCUUAAAACAGAAAACCAGGCCACUGUUACUCAACCUGAGCAAGAAGAAGGAGAAAAAGAGCCCCAGCAGGCCGCUCGACUUGAGGGCCAGGCAUCGCCUGGACAGCCGCCUCAGCCUGUCUGUCCCCGACCUCCUGGAGGCCGAGGCCUUAGUCCCCGAAGGCCGGCCGUACGCGGGGCCGCAGUCCUCCUACACCUCCGUGCCCAACAGCCUGUCCACCGCCGGCAUCCUGCCCAAGAGCAGCAGCAGCUCCCUGAAGCAAUCGGAGGAGGAAUUAGACUGGAGCCUGGAGGAAGCCAGUCAUGUCCGCGGGGCAGAAACAGACGUGGAGGACAUUCACGGGUCUCCUGUGGGGGCCGGGCGCUCCUCUGGCCAGGGUGUCUCAGAGCUGGAAGGAAAUGCAGCCGGAGAGCUAGAGAAGCUGCGUGGUGGUGGCGAUCUCCAGGCUCCUGCGGCAUUGCGAACUUCCGAAGAGUCUAUGCUCAGGGAAGCCGGGGAUGGCCUGAGCAACCUCCCCAGCCCCUUCGCCUACCUCCUCACCAUCCAUCUGAAGGAAGGCCGGAACUUGGUGGUGCGGGACCGCUGUGGCACGAGUGAUCCCUAUGUGAAAUUUAAGCUGAAUGGGAAGACCCUGUACAAAAGCAAAGUCAUCUAUAAGAACCUGAACCCAGUAUGGGAUGAAAUCGUUGUGCUGCCAAUUCAGAGCCUCGAUCAGAAGCUGCGGGUGAAGGUGUACGAUCGAGACUUAACCACCUCCGACUUCAUGGGCUCUGCUUUCGUUGUUCUCCGUGAUCUCCAACUUAACAGAACGACUGAGCAUAUUUUAAAACUGGAAGAUCCAAACAGCUUAGAAGAUGACAUGGGAGUGGUUGUGUUAAACCUGAACCUUGUUGUGAAGCAGGGGGAUUUCAAGAGACAUCGGUGGUCGCAUCGGAAGCAGAUAAGUGCCAACAAGUCCUCUUUCAUCCGCAACCUGCGCCUCUCAGAGUCCUUGAAAAAGAACCAACUCUGGAAUGGGAUCCUCAGUAUCACUCUGUUGGAAGGAAGGAAUCUCUCAGGAGGACACAUGACUGAGGUGUUUGUUCAGUUCAGACUGGGAGAUCAGAGGUAUAAGAGCAAGACACUGUGUAAGAAUGCAAACCCGCAGUGGCAGGAACAGUUUGACUUUCACUACUUCUCUGACAGGAUGGGCAUUUUGGACAUUGAAGUGUGGGGCAAAGACGGUAAAAAGCAUGAGGAGCGCAUGGGCACGUGUAAAGUGGAUAUCUCUGCCUUCCCGUUGAAACAGGGCAACUGCUUGGAACUACCCUUAGACAGCUGCCCGGGGUCUCUCCUCAUGUUGAUCACACUUACGCCCUGUGUGGGGGUCUCCAUCUCAGAUCUGUGUGUCUGCCCCUUAGAAGACCCCAGUGAGCGGAAGCAGAUUUGCCAGCGCUAUGCUUUGCAGAAUUCCCUGAAGGACACAAAGGAUGUUGGCAUUUUGCAGGUGAAGGUUCUAAAAGCUGUGGACCUCCUAGCAGCAGAUUUUUCAGGAAAGAGCGAUCCUUUCUGCUUGCUGGAGUUGGGUAAUGAUCGGCUGCAGACACAUACCAUUUACAAGAACCUCAACCCGGAGUGGAACAAAGUCUUUACCUUUCCAAUUAAAGAUAUCCAUGAUGUUCUGGAAGUGACCGUGCUUGAUGAAGAUGGAGAUAAGCCCCCUGAUUUUCUUGGAAAAGUUGCCAUUCCUUUGCUAUCUAUUAGAGAUGGACAACCGAAUUGUUAUGUAUUGAAGAAUAAAGAUUUAGAACAAGCAUUUAAAGGAACAAUUUACUUAGAAAUGGACCUCAUAUAUAAUCCAGUCAAAGCAAGUCUGAGGACAUUUACUCCCAGAGAAAAGCGCUUUGUUGAAGAUAGCCGCAAGCUGUCAAAGAAGAUUUUGUCGAGAGAUGUAGACCGGGUAAAAAGACUCUCCUUGGCGAUAUGGAAUACAAUACAGUUCCUCAAAGGUUGUUUUCAGUGGGAAUCCACGUUGCGAAGUACAAUAGCAUUCGUGGUGUUUUUGGUCACGGUCUGGAAUUUUGAACUCUAUAUGAUCCCCCUGGCAUUACUCCUGCUUUUUGUCUACAAUUUCAUCGGACCCAUGAAAGGAAAGGUCAACAGUACACAGGAUAGCCAGGACAGCACAGACCUAGAGGAGGAGGAAGACGAUGAUGAUAAGGAAUCUGAGAAAAAGGGGUUCAUUGAGAGACUCUAUAUGGUCCAGGAUAUUGUCUCCACUGUCCAAAACAUCUUGGAGGAAGUAGCAUCUUUUGGAGAAAGAAUUAAAAACACCUUUAACUGGACGGUCCCUUUCCUCUCGAUGCUGGCCUGCCUGGUCCUUGCCAUCAUUACUGUCAUCUUGUACUUCGUUCCUCUGCGUUACAUCGUUUUAAUCUGGGGCAUAAAUAAAUUUACGAAGAAGCUUCGAAAUCCCUAUUCGAUCGACAAUAAUGAGCUACUAGACUUUCUCUCCAGGGUACCAUCGGAUGUUCAAAAGGUGCAGUAUGCAGAACUGAAACCCUGCGGCAGCCAGAGUCCCCUUAGGAAGAAGCGCAGCACUCUCUAGAUUGUGUGCCCAACCAAACUGGCAUCCGGACAUGCGGCCCUGGGCUGUGUAGACCCCUCCCUGGAUCCUGUCUUCUUCUUCUUUACAUGCAGCCAUCUCUACGCCUGGGUGUCUCAGAUGCAGAGACCCAGCCACUCACCCAAAAGACCCCCCCCCCCCCAGGAGACAACAUGGAGUCUGGAUCAGAAGAUGCUACCACAGCACAGUUUCCACUGGCUUGAAGAAUGAACCCCUCCUCCCCUCCCCCCCCACCCCCCCGGGGAACAGCAGGAGACACACAUGGGUUCCAGAAUAAUUCUGACUUCCACCCCCUCCGCCCCUCCCUCCAGCUGAUUCUCAUUACUGUCUUGUUCCCCGUUGGGUAUGGUGGCAUACAACUGUAAUCUCAGCUUCCCCCCUCCCCUCUCUCCUCCCUCCCUCCCCCACACCCCAGCCAGGGGUGGAGGGGGGAGGCUGAAGCAUAUGGAUGGAGAGUUCGGUAUCAGCUUGGACUGUGUGGUGGAUGCCAGGCCCGGCUGACUGAGCUACACGGCCACAGCCUCUCUCCAACACAAUCUCUUCACCCUACCCCCAUUCUUCUUGCAGGGUAUCCCUCAAAGUUUCUUUCAAUUUAGUGAGUCUGUGGUAACCAUCAUCUAGGCGGAUAAAUAUAUAACAGAAGAAGAAAAAACACAUUUGUAAUGCUUUCCGGAAGGAAUCCUGGCCUUUUGAGGACCUGUGUGUUGCACAGCUGGGUGCCAGCCUGCACCUUGGUCCAUUGCUGGCCUAGAGAGGGGUCCCGAGGGAUCUGUUUUCAGCAAGGAUUGUGUCACCUUCAAAAUGCCAGAGCUCCUGCCUCAGCGUAACCACCGCUCUCCAUAAACAGUGUGUCAGCCUGGAGUUAGGGAAAGGCCGGGCUGUUGCGUGGAUGGGAGGAGGGGGUGAAAAAAAUUAAUUCUGAGAGUAUUGAGAUCGCUGCAUGGAGAAGACUGAGAGAGCAGCUGCUGACUUAAAUAUAUCACCAUUUCGGUCGUGUUCUGGGCCUCUCUAUCAUUUUUUGCUUCUCUGUGGUCAAAAUAAGCUAUCUACAAUACAAAUUUGUCUCAGAGCCACACUUGUAAGAAAGAUCCCACCCCGAAGUGUUCUUUUGCUUGUACCUAACUCCUGCACAUAUCCAGUUCCACCCACCAAACAAAAAAGCCUCGACUUUGUGCAUAUCUGGAAUGUAUACAAGGAUCUACGUCCGAAUGAUAUUUAAUCUUCAAUGACUGAUGUUCAUGCAUAUCUUAACGUGCAAUUUUAUAUGUGUAUGUAUUGUAAAGAAAGGUUGAGGUAAAAAGACCUAAUUUAAUAGUGACUUUACUGUGUGUGUACGUGGUUUUUUUUUCCCUUUUGUCUCUGGGUUGUAAUUUAAUAAUAAUCAAACAAAAUGUUUAUGAGAAAAAGCCGACCAUUCUAAACCUUA